AUGGCAAAUAUUGAAGACCAUAUUACUAACCUCGAAUUUGACUUAAACGGAUACAAAGAAAGACUAAGAUCCCAGCUUUUUGAAAUUGAAGAUUCUAAAGGAAAGGAUGAUCAGGAAUAUAAGGCAAUUGAGCAGCAGCAAAAAUGGUGUGAGGUUUUUGAAAAAAUUCCUGAUUUCUCUCAACUCGAUCUUACUCAAAAGAAGAAUAAGCUAAAGAUUGAAUGGAUACAUUUUACCAUAAAGGAAGCAGAGCUACAUAAAAUGCCUGAAUCACACCCUAGAUAUUGAAAAAUCCUUGAAUUUUACUAUGAAUAUGAGGAUUGGGUCAUGAAAUACAUGGAAUAUAGCCAACAGACAUCCAAAUUUGAGCCUGGAUAUCUCUCAAAACUUGUGGAUGAAGCAAAGAAGCUUCCUAUAGAAACAUCAGAGAGCAUAAAAACUCUCGAAGAAGACUCUGAAAAGUUCACAAGAAGGGAAAAUGACUGCAAGAAGCUGAUUGAUGACUUCUAUACUCUCUGUAAAGGCGAGCAGGAAAUCACAGAUUUAGAGACCUUUGAAGAGAAACUUCAGUCUCUUCUAGACGAAUCAGUAAGCAUUGAAUACCAAAAUGUCAAUACUCAACUACAGAAGAUAAAAUGGUUGAUCAAAAUCUACAACUUGGUUAGGUCAGAGGAACAAGAUAAGUUCCAGGUUUGGCAGGAUGCCAAAGACUCUGAUUAUGCUUUUGAGGACAAAGAGAUCCCUUUUCUCUGAGAAUUCUAUUCAGAGUACAAAAAAGCAGAUAUUGUCUACCAAUUUGUAAAAGAAGUGACUAAUUUUAAUGCUACAUCUGAUUGUGAAAAGAUCAAACUAUCCACACUUAAAGCACAUCUCUGAGAUAUAAGCACCCUACGAGUUACCAUGGACGAGGAGAAACAAGCCCUAGAGGUUAUACUCAAGGAUUAUGAGUACAUUGACGUUGAAUGAAGUAAUAUGAGGGCAGGAAUGACCUACAUGGAUUUAUGCAAGCUCGCACAAAAAAUCUCCAAGUUCCCAAUAGAACUCAGAAAUAAGCCCCAAAAAGUUACUAAAAAGAAGCAAAAAGUGGAAGAAGUUCGCCAGAAAAUCAGAGAUGAGAAGAAAAGAACAGAAAAGAUCCGUUUUAGAAGGGCUAAAGAACUGAUAGAUGAGUACCACCAAGCUUGUUGUGUGUUUAUAGAGGGAGAAGAACUCAAAACUGAGUUCCAAAAGAGUAGCCAAAUAGUCAAAGAUCUGAAAGAAAAAAUUAACACAACUCAGUGAUACAAACAAGAGGAAAUCAAAGAAAUGCAAGAUCAGCUCAAAAGUGUCGCUGUUCAUAUGGGAAGGGAUGAAGAUCUUGUGAGAAGAGAUGUCUGGAGAAUCAGAACUGGUUUUGUGUUAGAUAAGAUUAAACAGCACUCUUCUUUCGUCAAAGUAGCUCCCAAGCAUAAACUAAAAUGGAAAGCAAUUGAGAUCCUCUCUGAUCCUCCUGAUUUUCCACCGGUAACAGGAACAAAGGAAUAUAACCAAAUAAGAAAAGUUUAUGAAAAGAUCAAAAGAGAUGUAAUUGAAGACAAAAUUAAGUUAUGUACCACCCUUGGAGAACUCCGGCAAGCAGAAGAAGAUUUACAGCAUGAAAUAAUCUGCUUCAGCCAACAACUACAAGAUCAAAAAGAAAUUAUUAAGCACAAACUAGAAGAAACUUUUGGGGAAUCCUUUGAAUUAGGAAGAUCAGCAGCCCUUGAUAUCCAUGAUGAAGUCGAUCAAGAGAAUAAUAGACCCCCCAACUCACAAAAAUCCGAUAUUUCUAAACUCUCUCCUCCAAGAUCAUUACAAAAAGAAGACCUCAACCUAGAAGACGCCCAAAAUUACAUGGAAGAAAUUGACGAUUUCCACUUUGAACAAUUCUACUAA